AUGGAAUUGUUCACUUCCACGAAUCUUCACUUUAAUUCUGAGUUGGAGAAUCUGUUAGAGCCGUGUAUUACUGAGGAUGAGAAUAUCCUUCUAAGUCAGCCCCCGACUUCGGAGGAAAUUAAGAAAGUGGUGUGGAACAUGCCCUCUUUGAAGUCUCCUGGCCCGGACGGUUUUCCUACAAAAUUCUUUAAGGACUAUCGGGAUAUCGUGGGACCUCAGACUAUUGAGUUUGUGCAGGAGUUCUUUCGCUCUGAGAAUUUUAGCAAGGAGAUUAAUCGAACAUUUAUUGUUCUUAUUCCCGAAAGAGCCAAUGCAACUGUGUUAGAUAAAAUUAUAUCUCCUAACCAGUCGGCUUUUGUGCAAGGUAGAUGGAUCGCGGAGAAUUCAAUUAUUGCAAAUGAGUUGUUCUUUGAGUUGAAUAAGAGACAAGGAAAUUCUGCUUAUGUUGGGGUUAAGUGUGACAUGUCAAAAGCUUACGAUCGCUUGGAAUGGAGCUUUGUUUUGAAGCUUUUGCUCAAUGGCGGGUUAACUAAGUCUUUCUCUCCUAAAAGAUGCCUCAGACAAGGCGAUCCUCUCUCGCCCUACUUAUUUAUUAUAGGUGCGGAAGUGUUAACUCGAAUUCUUUUGAUAGAAGAAAGCAAGGGUAAUAUGAGUGGCUUUUCUUUCUCUCGGGAGGGACCUUCUAUUUCUCAUUUGAUGUAUGCGGACGACCUUCUCAUUUUCCUUAAGGCUGACAAUCACAAUCGUAAUACGGUCAUUCAAGCUAUUGAUAAAUAUUGCCGGUGGUCUGGGCAGAGGAUUAAUGUGUCCAAAUCUAAGAUUUUCUUUUCUAAGAAUUGUUCUGCCAGAUGUCAUGAAGAUUUUCUCCAGGAGAUGGGUUUUGAAGAGAUGUUGGGUGAUGAGAAAUUUCUGGGCGAUCCGAUCAUUUUCAAUGGCUGUCGAAGUUCUGAUUUUGAUUUUGUUAUUGACAAUAUUUGCUCUCGGUUAGAAGGUUGGAGGGCUAACCUUUUAUCCCAAGCCGCGCGGAUGACUCUUAUCAAAAGUGUCCUUGCUUCUAUCCCUAUAUACACUAUGUCAACAUUCUUGCUUCCCCGAAAGACUACGGAUUGCACCGAUUCCAUUGUGAGAAAAUUUUGGUGGACUGGCCAGUGUAAAGAGGGCAGAUAUCUCUCUUUGAGGGCCUGGGACAGUCUCUAUAAACCCAAGUCUUGUGGGGGUUUUGGUUUUAGGCGUGCUAAGGAUAUUAAUUUUUGUCUGCUUGCUAAACUUGGCUGGUAUUUAGCCUCUGGCUCUAUGUCCCUUUGGACCUCGGUUAUCAAUGCAAAAUACUGUAAACAUGCUGGGUUGCUCUCUACCUCUCUUCCUUCUAGAGCUUCCCCAGUGGCGAAUGGAAUUUGGGCCACUCUGGAGUUCAUAGCUGAGAAUGGUGUGUGGAUCGUUGGCCAAAACUCCUCUAUUGAUUACUGGGGCCAACAAUGGAUUUGUGGGGAUGGUCCUAUUCUGCAUAAGGGCCUUAUUAAUCCGCUGACGAAGACCACGACUUUGGUAAAUGACUUGGUUGAUCUUGGCUCUUCGGGGUGGAAUGAACGAAUGGUAGAGAAUGUGUUUGUUCCUGCAACGGCUUUGUUAAUUAACUCUUUGGAUAGGAAUUUUUUCCCUGCUUUUGACGUGGCUUGCUGGAAAUCUUCUAACGAUGGUCGUUUCUCUUUCAAAGCGGCUUACUGGGAUUAUAACAAGAUGAGAUUUGCUGAAAAGGAUGAUACUUGUGGAAGGAUUUGGCUUUCCAAUAUCCACGAACGUUUCAAGGUCUUCUUAUGGAAACUUUGUCAAGAUGCUUUGCCUUUCGGAUCAAAGUUGCAGAGCAUUUUUGGGAAGCCCCCUAGUUUAUGCUCUCUUUGUGGUAGUGAGAGGGGGGAAUUGGUCGCUUGGCUCUCUCAUCCUCCCUUUCAACAUCUUCUUAACCCGCAGGAGCUGUCUAGCUUUUUUCUUUAUGGUGCUGUGCUGUAUCAUAAAUUGUGGCUUUGUCGAAAUGAUGCUUUUCAUAACGGGGUGCCUGUGGAUUUUAAGAUGGUGCAAAAGAGUAUUGAGAAAUGCUUCUCUGAGCAUGACAGGAUUCGGAAUAAGGAGAGUGAGAGGCCUGAUUCGUGUCGCGGUGUGGUGGAGCUCAGAUGGGGUCUUCCAAGGCCUGGAAGAGUGCAGGGUUUCGUGGAUUUUGCCUCGGACAGGGAGGUUGGGGCUGUGGCUGUGGUUCUUUAUGAUGCCUCUGGUUCGAUCUUGGCUUAUGGUGCGAAGAAAGUUAUGGUUCAUGACGUUUUUCAAGGGGAAUCGGAGUCCCUGCACUUUGGAGUUUCUUUGGCUCUUGAUCUGCAGAUUGAAGGGGUGGACUUUCACACGGAUAAUACUAUGCUGGUUAAGGGUUUGAUUGACAGAAACUCUCCGUCCUGGCAUUCUCAUUUCUCUUUUGUUAAACUCUAUGAUCUGUUACUUAGCUCUGACUGUUCUGUUAGUUGGAUUUCUCGUGUUUUUAAUAAGGCUGCGCAUGCUCUUGCUAGAUGGGGUCUGUCCCAUUCUUGUAAUGGUUUAUUGCGCUUUUGGGAGGUGAGUACCCAUGUGCUCACCAAACUUUGUGUUUUGGCUAAAAUAAUUUCAGUUUCUUAG